AUGUUUGGCGCAGUAUGCUCAGGUAGACCCAUCCAAUUGGCCCAGCAGGUAGAGCCUACCAAAUAUGUGCUCACCAUUGACAAUGCAGCAAGCAUCAACCAUGUGGCUAUCUUCCUACUUCCCCAGACCGAGUUCACUGAUCCAAACUUCACAGCACUCGUUUACUUCCAGCUCCUGACAAGUGUUGAGUUCAAGCUUCUUGGAGGCCUCAAUCCCGUGAAGCCAUCGGCAAUCUUCAAGUUGAACAAUACCACCGGUCUGUCCACUUCAUAUUUGGCCGACGACGACGCUAUGAAUGAUGUAGAUUCCGCAGCAGCUGCCAACACCACAAUCAACAUUGGUAUCUCUAUAGAGCCCACACCGCAGGCUGAGCAAUUGCUACAGGCGGAGAAACAGAAGAGCUCCUCAGCAUUGGUUCCAAAAGCAAACACUCCCAAGCCAGCACCAAAAGCACCGCUGGAUAUUGCUAAUUUGGCAAACAGAAUCGUGCAACAUGCAUACAACUAUUUGAGUGGGUUCGUGGACCCAGCAGGAAAAGUACCUAUGAAGGCUUUCGACACUUGGUGGGACAAGUUCAAGACAAAACUACAGACCAAUCCCAAUUUCCUCGAGGAGCUCAACUGA